CUUGUGCGCAUGCGGGGGUCAGGGUUGACAGUCUCCACACAGUCGUGGAAGGAGUGCGGCGGCUAAGCUAACUCCAUCCACCGCAACUAGCUAGCUACAUGUGGAGGGUAAAACGGGAAGCAUCCCCGACCCUAACUCUGUCAAAAUCCCUCUUUUUUACCCAAAACAACUCUAAAGUUCAGCCUCGUCGAAUAUAAGGGAUAUUAUCUGUUUACAAUGAAAGGUAGCCGGAUCGAGCUGGGGGAUGUUACGCCCCACAACAUUAAGCAGCUGAAACGCCUGAACCAGGUCAUCUUCCCUGUCAGCUACAACGACAAGUUUUACAAAGAUGUACUGGAAGUUGGAGAGCUUGCAAAGCUAGCAUACUUCAAUGACAUUGCAGUGGGUGCUGUGUGCUGUAGAGUGGACCACUCUCAGAACCAGAAGAGACUGUACAUCAUGACGCUCGGCUGUCUAGCACCCUAUCGUAGACUUGGAAUUGGUACUAAGAUGCUGAAUCAUGUGCUAAACAUCUGUGAGAAGGACGGCACUUUUGACAACAUUUACCUUCAUGUGCAGAUCAGCAAUGAGUCAGCCAUUCACUUUUACCAGAAGUUUGGCUUUGAGAUCAUCGAAACAAAAAAGAAUUACUACAAGAGGAUAGAGCCCGCAGAUGCCCAUGUGUUGCAGAAGAGUCUGCGCAGCCCAUGUGCACCGCCCACCGGAGAGCUUCAGAAGGCAGAGUAACGGCACAGAUGUGCCCGCCUCUACAGAAACAGAACUGUGACAAAUGCCCCAGGGUCGACACAUUAAACACUUUCUUCAAAGGACGCUAAAAAGAGAAAACAAAUUUAAAGUACAAAAAAAAAGCUGCAUUUAUUUUGCAAAGGGAUCCCCUUUGAUUUUUGCAUAUUUUAUUGCUCCCCUCUCCUCAUACAGAUAAUUGAAAAUGACAAAAAAGCUCAGUAUCCAAAAGUGCUCCGAUUGACAAAGUUGCCAACUUCAGACAGUUUUAGACUUAGGGGAGGGUGUGGUGAUUGCAAAGCAUACUGUUUGUGUUUGAGUUGUUUUUAUGCGGUUAUAAGGCUAAUGGGGACAUAUCUAUACUGUUGAGCAAAAGAAAACCGUUGGUUUAAAGCUGUAAAAGUGUUUGGAAGACCAUAACUUACACACACACACACACACAAAACACACACACAACACACAAGUCAAAGCUGGUCAGCUUGGAAUGAUGCUUUGAGUUGUUACAUGGAAAGGUCACAACUCUAUUCCCUCACCACCGAACCCUGGGAUUUAUGGGAAAUAAGUCUGACCAGCUUGUUGAUAUGUCAUGUCCAGAGGGGAAAAGCAGAAAUGUAUCCCCUCGGUUCUGACGUAAAGAAAGCUGAACUGUUUUGAGGUGGUGGGAAAACGUGGUUAUCACUCCUAAUUUCUGAAUAACUUUAUUUUCCAGCCUGUUAAUUUAAUUACCCUUCAACUGUUUUUUUUGUUUUUUGUUUUUUAACAUUAAAAUGGCAAAUGGUUCAGAGGUUCUCCUGGGUUUACUACUAAUAGUGAAAACAUUAAAGAAUGAAAGUAAUAACAAAAUAUUGUAUUGAAUGGGUUUCUGAGAAAGGCACACCACAUAAUCUUGUGGGAUGUUUGAAUAACAAAAGAUUGGCUGUUUGGGAUUGGAUAUGGGCAUUAUUUUCAGUAGUAUAAUGAAGGUGUGGGAGGAUGUGUGUCUCUAAACACAUGAAAGUGUUCUGAGACAUCUUACCUUAAACACCUUUCAGAAUUGGUCUUUUCUAACUACCUGCCUCAGGUUCUGUUAAACACCCUUAGGUUUGGAAGCUCAGCUAAAGUUUUGGUAUGGUCUCUUCAACUGUGUUUUACCCAGAGGAAGCUCUGUCCCCUCUGCAUGCGAGAGUUGUGUCCUCUCUACUGUAGUAUAAGCAUGUUUUUUCCUUUCUUUGAAGAAUUUUAUCUUUUCUGGAGCUCUAUAUUGUAAGACUUUUUAACGUCUAAAUAAAGGAUUACUAUUUGCAGUAAA